CCGUCGAUAGGAGUGGUAAUGAUAUCGAGAAACAGGAGAAGCCGUUGGAGAUACAGAUCAAGAAGGAGGACAAAGAGGAGGUGGCUGUGGGCGCCGACAUCGGUGCCAUCGGAUCCAUGUCUAAGGUGUGGGACGGGAAUGGCGUUGAGAUCACCGGAAAGAUAACUUCAGCGCCGACAUCGACCGCGAAGUCCAAGUCCUCUGACACUGAGAUCCGAAACCCAGUUGACUGAGCUCAAGAUGUAGUCAAUGAUUAUAUCUAUAUUUGAUUUAUUUAUACCGCUAUAUAUAUCUACUCUAUUUAUUAUUCUCUCGC